UCAGAGAAACCCAUAUCAUCUAGAUAUCUUCAACAACUCCCGAAAAAUGAAAGUCAACAAUGGCCUCGGCAACUUCUCGCGUAGCAGCUCGACUCGAUCAGCGAAGAAAAACACCGUCCUGCCAAAGUCUUCGUACUCCACUCCAUCUUCUUGUACAACUCCUCGAAGCCCGUCUCUCAAUUACCAUACCAGAGACCUUGCUAGUGAUCAACCUAAAUCGCCAAUGGAUCCGAAAUCUCCAAAUUACGCAAGUCCAAAAAUUGGACCACGAUCGCCGAAAGUAUCGCUGAUCAGUCCUAGCCGCAGUCCCAACCACCCGGAAAGGGCAAUAUUCAAUUUCUGUCAAACUGAAGCAAGAGCUACUCCAGCAAAAUCUCCUAGGUCUCCUAGAUCUCCGAACAAGUUCAAUUAUGAUGACGACUGUAGAGAUGUUGCUGGUUCUAGUGACUGUGAUCCGUUCAAUUUCAACCUUGCUUCUCCACCGAAAAAAUCUAGUAGAGUGACUAGUCGCCAGCUCUAUCAGUCCUCUAAGAGCGACUCUAUCAACUCCACCAAGUCUAGCUUGGAGUAUUCUUCCACGACAAAGCACCCUACCGGAGCUUAUCAGGACAUAGAAUAUAAGAUCUGCCACUCGUUAGACUCGGACUCCCAAACAACUUCCAGUUACAGACCGUCAUCGGCGAGCAUAAGUUCAAGACAUUCCUCAUUCAAGGAAAAGAGGAAGCCCAGGUGCAACAUCAGGACAAAUCCUGGAUAUGAUGAUAUAUACGGCUCGACUAGAUCAAUUAAUGAAUCAAGUAGAUCAAUUAUUGAAUCCGAUGGAACAGAGAGACCUUUACAACGGUAA